UAGCUAGCUAGCUUUGGUGAUGUACUGCAAAAAGUGGGCAGGGCUCACCUAGCUCGUGUACUAUACAGACCGCGAGAGCUGCAUCGAUGUGGAGCAAGUCGAGGGAGAAAAAGGCAGCGAAAAAGUACCACACGAGGAACUUUGGUACUGGGCACGUGGAGGCAGACAGCCACUACCUGAGUAGAGUCGGCCUGAGGGGAAGGAAGAGAUGGCUUCUGCUUUCUGCACUGGUAUUCGGUUACCUCCUGGUCCUUGGACACCUAGCGCUAACGUGUGUGAUAUUGGGGGUGCUACGUUUCAAUCCCCACGGCCCACCAUACUUUGUGUUCAACAGAGAUGGGAGUCUGCGGUGGCCACAGGGGGCUGUCAUCUCAGAGGUGUGGCUGGAGGGCUCACUACAGGCCUUCAGCAACCAAUCUCUGGCAAUCGUUGGAGACAAUGACCAGCAGGUUAUCUUCACAUCUGGCAGCCAAAGAUUCAGUCCUGCAGGAGACAAUUUUGUCGACUCAUCUCAAAUCUCCUUCUCUCCCUCUGAAGCUAACUCAGUCCAUUCAAGUCAUUUUCAGUGUCCCACUCAAAUCGCCAGUUGCUGUUUGCCAACUCUUCACUAGUGACUAUGAACAGUCUGUCCAGCCUCCACCACUUGACUACCACCACUGGCUUCAUAACUGACACAGUCAGAGCCCCAGUGGAUGGUGAUCUGAGGGUAGGGACUGAGGCAGGAUCACUGUCUUUACGUGGAGGGAAUGGAGUGUCCCUGUCUGGAGACCAUGUCAACAUCAGCAGCUCCAGGAAUCUGCAGCUUACUGCCCUCACAGGCUCGCUUUUAGUUGGAGGUACAGAGGGAGUGGUACUGGAGGACCUGCCUUCCCAACCCCCCACUCCCAGCUCUGCCAGCUACCACCUGUGUGCCUGUACUGGCAGUGGAAGACUCUUCCUCGUCCCCUCAGGCCCUACGAGAUGUGCUCUAGCAGCACAACAGGCUGAAAACAUCUGUGACUCUUAGUGUAACUCAGCAAUAACUCCUCCAUAUUGACUUUUCCCUCUCAUUGAUAUAAUACUUUGAAUAGUCGUUUGCGAUG